GGUCGGUUUGGCUUCUGCGGCGGUUUGGUUCGGGUUCUUCGGUGGGUCUGUUCGGGUUCUGCGACGGUUAGAUUCGGUUUCUCCGGCGGUUCACUCCGGUUAUGCGGCGGUUCUCUAUAGUCGGCUAUAUCAACAAGGUAAAGAUACAAAUGGGGCUUCACAGCUAUAGCCAGCCAUCGGAGUCAGAGGAUAUCUUUGGAAAUGAUUCCCACAGUGGCUACAGCGAGACGGAGGAUCUCAUUAGACGUGACCAAGCUGAGCUAAGCUUAUCUCGUGAAGCGGUGGUGUACCCUCCACAACCUGAGGUGGAGUUCGGCUUCCCGCAGAGUUGCUACUGUGGAGGUCAGCCACAUCUUGCAACCUCUACCAGCAGGAACGAUCCAGGUUAUAUUGAUAGUGUUACAAGCUGGUCUCAUUGCUUUGUGUUAAUGCGUUUGUUACAAGCUGGUCUCAUUACAAAUAUGUGUUUGUGUUAAUGCGUUUGUUACAAGCUGGUCUCAUUGCUUUCUGUUAAUGCG